AUGAGCUAGAUCUAGUAAAGUUUUACUAUAAGAACGUGUGAUAAUAAGUAUCAUAGUAUUAGUAGUCAAUUCCCAUUGAUAAUGAUAGCGUGUAGUUAGGCCUACACUUGAAUAUAUCACACUUUAACUUGCAUUUAUCUGUUCAAAACACUACGAUGAGAUGAAAAAUAAUCAAAGAAAAAAAUGCGACCCUUCUGUAAAGACUCCCUAUGGGACUCAAACCUUACCUGGAACAACACCUGGCCCCAACUCACUAACUGUUUUCAGUCUGUCAUUCUAACUCCCCUGCCAUGCUAUUACCUGGUUGUCUUUUUACCAUUUUACUCUUUCUUUAUCUGGAGGAAACCCAACAUUAGGUAUCCAUUCAGGGAACACAUUUUUGUUCUGAAACAGGUAUGUUGCUUCCUUCUGCUAAUAUGUGAAACAGCAACUUGUGUCUUGUACAUCAGAGAUGAAUCUGGAACUAUUUCGGACAUUUUUUCAAGUGCAUUAAAGAUGUUUUCAUUUAUGCUAGUAAUUCUAACUGCUUUGUUAGAACAUAGAAGGCCUGUAUAUCAGUCACCAUGGCUGCUCAUGUUUUAUGGAUUGAUGCUAUUCACAAAUCUGGUCCCGUUUUACUCAAAAAUUAUACAGCAAGAAUAUUCAAGUCAAAUGAUUUUGUUUGUCUUGUUCUACAUCAAAUAUGGAAUCGCAGUCUGUUCAACUAUUCUAUUUAGUUGGAACCAUAGAGAAUUAACAGGGAAGACAUUUUCAGCUGAGGAAAAAGCUUCAAUCAUUUCAAGGAUAUUUUUUCAUUGGACAUCAGGGUUGGUUCUACAUGGCUACAAGAAACCUCUAAUGGAAGAUGACAUAUGUCCAUUAAAUGAAAAUGAAACUUCUAUCCAUGUCGUCUCAAAAUUUCUUCAGACAUUAUCUUUUCACACUGAGAAGCUUAACAAAUCUACACCUCUUGAUGUGGCAUCAUCGCGGUAUGAUAAAACAGAUAUAGAGCUUGAUCAGCAUGAAACACCUUCUUUACUUGCAAGCAACAAUCAAGAGCAAUUUGCAGAAACUAAUUUAGAUGUGUUUAACCAGGAAAAGGUGGUAGUGAAACUAGCAACAAAAUCUGAAACUGCUGGGAAUAAAAGAUUGGGUAUACUAAUGUGGAAGAUCAUCCUACACACAUUCAGCACACAUCUGAUAAAAUGUGGUGUACUGGCUGUUGUCUGCAAAUCUUUUCUUUUAAUCUGUCCUGUUUUCAUGAGGCUGCUGAUUGAAUUCACCGCUAACGAGGACAAGACAGACUGGCAUGGCUACCUUCUGGCCACAGCCCUCUUCACAUCACUGGUCAUUUCCUUGCUGUCCUAUGAGUAUUAUUUGUACCAAAACAAUCUGUUUGCUAUAAAAGUGAGGGCAGCCAUCAUGUCAUCUGUGUACAGGAAGAGUUUAUCACUAAGUAGUGAAUCAAGGCAGGUAACCUCAGCUGGGGAGAUUACUCAGCUGCUUUCAAAAGAUAUUGACACUAUUUGGACCUUGUGCAGUGAAGGCUUUAUCUUAAUGGAGUCUCCUUUUGAAUUAACAGUUGGUUUAAUUAUGCUGUACUACACUGUUGGGCUUGCUAUGUUGUCAGGGCUAGCCACACUAGCUGGGCUCUUCAUCUUGAAAUCCCUAAUGACCAGACUGCAAACAAAAUGUGAAAUCAAGCUGCGGGCAGCAGCUGAUGAGAGAAUGAAAAUAACUUCACAAGUUUUUACAGGAAUUAAGGUUUUAAAAUUGUAUGCAUGGGAAGAAGCUUUUCAGACACUGCUGAGUAACAUCAGAAACAAAGAGUUAAAGGCUAUUUUUAGAUUUGACCUCUUGAAAUUUUUUAUAACAUUUGCUUGGUCAGGGGCUGUGUUUUGGGUGAUUUUCUUCACUUUUUUAACUCACGUAAUGAUUGAUGAGAGUCACCACCUUAAAGCCUCGACAGUUUUUGUUGCUAUGGCAUAUUUUACAGCUGUACGACGAGCUUCCAACUGCAUAGCGUCUGUUAUUGAUUUCAUUAUAGGGGGUCUAGUAGCUGGGCAAAGAGUUAUGAAAUUUCUUUUGUUGAGUGAAAUAGAAAAAUCUUCCACUAAUGACACGUCAGAAUUAUCUCCAGAUGUUGCCAUCAAAAUAUCUGAUGGUCAUUUCAGUUGGUCAGCAGAUUGUGAACCUACUUUAAAAAACAUAAACCUGGAGAUCACUAAGGGCAGCCUGGUGGCAGUUGUUGGUGUUGUGGGGUGUGGUAAAUCUUCUUUGUUAUCUGCCUUGCUAGGGGAGAUGAUCACAAUCAAGGGGAAUGUACUCAAACAGGGUAAGGUAGCCUACACCCCACAGGAGGCCUGGGUACAGAACGACUCACUACAGAACAAUAUCCUGUUUGAUUCUGGCAUGAGAGAGGAAGAGUACAGGGAGACUCUGAGGGCUUGUGCGCUAGAAGAUGACCUCAAGGUCCUGCCUUCUGGGGAUCUAACAGAGAUUGGAGAGAAAGGAAUUAACUUGAGUGGUGGCCAGAAACAGAGGGUUAGCCUUGCCCGGGCUAUAUAUCAGAAAAGUGAAAUCUAUUUCCUGGAUGAUCCACUGAGUGCAGUUGACAGUCAUGUAGGAAGACACAUAUUUGAUCAUGUGAUAGGGAGGAAUGGGUUGCUGAAAGAUAAGACUAGAAUUUUUGUGACACAUGGGAUACAGUGGCUACCAGAGAUGGACAAAAUUAUUGUAAUGACCAAUGGUCAGUGUACAGAACAGGGGACUCUAGACCAACUGAUAAGCCAUAAUGGACCCUUUGCCCAGUUUCUCUCUGAAUAUCUCUCAAAUCAUAAAAGUCACCAGCCAAUGAUUCCAUUAGGUGCAGGGGACAGCAUAGAAAAAACAACAGUCAUAGAUGAAAAUUUGGAAAAUGAAGCUGUAACAAAAUCAAUGUUUGAAAGACUUUUGUCUAUUGAAUCUUAUGUGAGUGACACAUCUGAUAACCUCACCAGUGAAAACCACUUCACCUCUGUAGAAAGUCUAACAGACGACAUGAAACAAACAACUGAAGAUUCUGCUAAGUCUGCUGGGGACAAGGCUAGAAAGCUCAUACAAGAGGAAGAGAUGGCUAGUGGCAGGGUCAGUUGGUCAGUCUACACAUCAUUCGCUAAAGCUAUGGGCUAUUUUUCCAUUUUCUCUUUGGGCCUUUUCUUUGCAAGUUGUUUUGCCUUUGAUACUGCUGCUGGUUUUUGGCUGUCAUCCUGGGUGGACAGUCCAGUUUUAAAUAAUGUUUCACUUCCUGCUGACAGCCCGGAGAGACAGAAUGAGAACAGUUAUUUCAUUGGAAUUUACAGCAUAUGGGGAAUACUGCAAGCUGCUGUCCUUAUCAUCUUCACUGCCAUCAAGGCCUACAGACAUAGACACUUAUCACAUAUGAUCCACCAACAUUUAAUGGCUAGUGUACUGGCCAGUCCAAUCCAGUUUUUUGAUACCACACCCAUUGGACGAUUAUUAGCAAGAUUUUCUAAAGACAUCAGUGUGAUUGAUACCACUUUAUUAUUAUGGAUUGAAGUUUGGCUUCACUCUGUAUUUAGUGUUAUAUGUUCCUUAGUUGCUAUUGCCAUCAGUAUUCCGGCCUUUUUAGCAGUGACUAUACCCAUUGUGAUUCUAUAUUACCUUAUAGAGAAAAUGUAUCUGCCAACAUCCAGCCAGUUGCGGAGACUGGACAGGAAGUGGCUGUCCCCAAUCCUCAGCCAUGUCAGCGAAUCUUUUGCUGGAACUUCCGUCAUUCGUGCCCUCGGGGAGGAGGACAGAUUUAUCAGACAGGCAGAAAACAAGGUGGAUUUUUAUCAUCGAAUGACAGUUGCCAGUUAUGCUUGUGAAAGAUGGCUAUCCAUACAUUUGGGUUUCCUGAGUAGUAUCUUGGUUUUAUUUGCUGGCAUUUUGGCAGUAAAGUACAGAUAUGACCUUUCACCUGGUCUCAUUGGACUUUGUUUAACCAUGGGACUUACUAUUACUAGCAAUAUGCAAUUGCAAGUCAGAAUGGCUAGUCUACUGGAGAUGGAUAUUGUCUCCCUUGAAAGAAUUCUGCAGUACAUUGGUCUCCCUUCAGAAGCUCCACAACAUCUGGAGUGUCCUGGCCACUUCCCAGAGUGGCCACUGUCUGGUACUAUAACCUUUAAGAAUGUGAGUCUCCAAUACCGAGCUGGGUUAGAACCUGUGCUGAAGAACUUAAGCUUUCACAUCCUUGAUGGAGAAAAGAUUGGAGUAGUAGGCAGAACAGGAGCUGGAAAAUCAUCCUUGAUGUUAGCUCUAUUCCGAUUGGUUGAGCCAUGUGAUGGUAAAAUAAUUAUAGAUGGCGUUGAUGUAUCAAAGCUUGGAUUGUAUGAUCUGAGACAGAAGUUGACCAUUUUGCCACAGGAUCCUGUUCUAUUUUCUGGCAGUCUGCGUUCUAACCUGGAUCCACUGAGGAUGUUUUCUGACAUUGAAAUCUGGACCACACUAGAAUUAUGUCACUUAAAACAGUUUUUUGGGAAGGUCAAAGAAGGUUUAGAUUUUCAGGUUGGUGAAGGAGGAGGCAAUCUGAGUGCUGGACAGAGACAACUGGUAUGUUUGGGGAGGGCGUUGCUAAGGAAAACAAAAAUCUUGGUGCUGGAUGAAGCCACAGCAGCUGUGGAUGUAGAGACAGAUGAACUGAUUCAAAAGACAAUCAGGUCUGAGUUCCAGGGCUGUACUGUGUUAACCAUUGCACAUAGGCUCAAUACUGUCAUGGACUACGACAGAAUUUUAGUUCUGGAUGAUGGGCAAGUUGUAGAAUUGGACACCCCCACAGCUUUAAUGAACAAUGUCAAUUCUUCUUUCCACAAAAUGGUGACAGAUUCACACAACCUGCAAAUUUUGAACAAGAAACAAGAAUUUGUGCAAAUGUAAUGCUAGACAACCAUGUUUUCUAGGGCAUUAUUUUUAUUUUAGACUCCUGCAAUAAUGAGGAUUGGUUAGUAGGCCCAAGCCAGCAAACAUUACUAACCAGCAUCAACAUUAACCAUAAACCCUGGCAUAAACUUAAGCCCUGAUAAUUGAUAUCAAUGUACACCACCUACACUCAGAUUUUUGGUGUGGUGAGACUAAGUUAAAAUAUUAUCUAUUGUAUACUUUUACUUACAUUUAAGAAGAUACCCACGCUUUUCUUUAUGGUUAUUUAAAUUGUGGUGCAUAUAGGCCCCUAUUUAAAGAAAAAAAAUUAUUUUCUACAUUUUAGUUCAAGAUUAUAUAAUAAUAUAUUAUAUAACAGUUUUUAUAAA